CAGAGCAUCAAAUUUGCAUGACUGAAGAAAGCCAGAAAAUGUCCUACCAGAUAGCUUGGGUGAUUCUACUCUGUCUGCGGAUGACUGCUUCACGGGAAGGGAUAUUGAUCCAGCAGAGCCCAGCACAGAUCUUUCUGGCCUCUGGAGAAACUGCACGGAUAGACUGUAAGCUUUCAACAAGAAGUCAGUAUAUAUACUGGUACAAAGAGCUUCAGAAUGGAAGUUUGCACAGGAUUUACCACAGUUAUGAGUUUGCUGCAGCUCCACAUGAAAAAUACUCGAGUACAGUGAACAUUACGGCAAAAACGUUUACUCUGAUUAUAAGUAACGUACAAAGAAAUGACUCUGGGGUGUAUUACUGUGGCCUUGCUGUAUACGUACAUCCGAACUUUGGGAAUGGGACCAGGCUAAUUGUCACAGAUGCCUCUGAGCCGAGCCUUUCCAUCCUGGUUCCCUCCAACCCAGAUGAUGCUGAGCUUCCCCCCGUCAUUCCUCUGCUCUGCCUGCUCUCUGAUUUCACUCCUCCCUGGAGUGCUGUUCUUUGGGACACUGGUGAGCAAGUGUCUGAAGGUCAGAUGGAUACUGGAGCCAUAGACGGGAACGGGGUCUUUAGUGUUUGGAGCCUAAUGACAAUCCCUCCUGCGACGUGGAACCAGAAGACAAACUGCAUUUGUACAGCCAAGGAGAACAGCACAGGGAGAAGCAUCAAUGCUACAGUCUCCAAGGAAACAGAUGAGGCCUGGAAAGAAAACUGCAAUGAUGUGUUAUAUGUUGGGCUGUCUUGUAUUUUCAUCCUUGUCGUCAUCCAGCUGCUGAUCCUGCUCUUCAGAAAGUGUCCAACCAGAGCAGGGAGAGCUGUGCAAACAGGGAAUCAAAUACCUAUGAGGCACAUUCCACAGACCGAGUAUGCAGCUGUGAGGUACAAGAAAUGAAAAGUCCCUUUUUAACUGACAUGGUCUGACAAAAUUAUUUAUGGGGUUUAAAGAAGCUAUGCAUGAGGAGAAAAUUAAAGUGAAAGAGAAAUUCUGAGUCUAAUGUCUGCACUUUACUAAUUACUAAAAUGUGAGGUGGCUGGCCUUAAAAUACAACUUGUUAUAAAUGUACCAGUCUCCAAACUCUUUUUGACACCACCUAUUUAAAUAAAUUGUUUUCUUUUUGGUUAUUGUGGAGAAUUACUUGCUCUGUUAUCCCCACAUCAUUAGUGUCCUUGGGAGCUUCGCCAUUGACUUCUGUGAGCAUAGGAUCAAGCCUUUAAACAGGAUUGUUUUACAUAUUUACACAAGGGAUUUGAUUCUAUAUUCUUUGUGCCCCCCAAAGUCCUACUGAAGUAGAUGGGAGCUUGGGGGACACCGGAAAGCAGAAUGGGGCUUUAAGACUUACGAGAUGUUUCGUUAUCUUUGCAUAAUCUCCAAUUAUUAUCAUCAUUUAAAAAAAAAAAGCAUUUGAAGCUCGAGGAGUUAAGUGAAAACCUAAUUUACCAAUUGUUCUUAUUCUUUUUCCUGUUAUGCAGAGUGUUUCAUAGGGGGAAAAUGCCUUGUUUAAUGGGGUUUUUUUAAUGGUAUUAAAUGUGGUAGCAACUGUUCUUGAGAAAAAGUCAAUAGGGGUUCUCACAACAAAUUUUUUGGUAGUCUCAGAGUGUGACCACCAACUCUCACUGGUGGCCGCACGGACACUUUUUCCUAGAAUACUUAAUUAACUUUAGGAAAAACAAAUAAAUAUGCACAUAUACAAAUACAAAUCAUUGUAAUUUAUUUAUGUAAGAUGAUCCUUCUGCUGACUCAAUAAUGCUGUGAAUGGUGAUAUUUCUCCACUUGUGAGGUAACUCCCUUCUCUUCAUGUGUCAGUAUACUAAUGCCUGCAUCUGUAAUUUUCACUCCAUGCAUCUGAAGAAGUGCA